AGCGGAGGUUUGGCGUUGUUAUAUAAACCGGUCGGAAUUUUUCAUAGCAGUAUCCACAGACUUGCCGGCUUCUGCUACGGACUCAAGAGUUCCCUCUCUCUACUUUACAAGAAAUCGCCAGUUCUCUUCCUGACAGAAAAGCAGCAAUGGCCCAAAAGUUGAAAAUUGGAUACUGGAAAAUUCGUGGGCUUGGACAGCCAAUUCGUCUACUUUUGACGUAUGCAGGUGCAGAGUUUGAUGAAGAUCAGUAUGAGCAGGGUGAAGGACCAGAGUUCAGCAGAGAUGAAUGGUUAAACGUAAAGCCCAAACUUGGACUUGAUUUCCCCAAUCUUCCCUAUCUCUUCGAUGGUGAUGUGAAGAUCACACAAAGUAAUGCCAUCCUGAGGUAUCUGGGUGCCAAGUUCAGUCUGUUGGGAGAAGACCCAAAAGUCCAAGCUUACUCAGAGAUGAUGCUGGAGAAUGCCAUGGACAUGAGAAAUGCUUUGGUCAGAUUGGUCUACAGCCCAGGCUAUGAUGAAAAUGUUGACAAAUAUUUUACGCAAGUGGAUGAAAAGUUCAAGCAAUUUGAAGCUUUUCUGGGAAAGAAGGACUGGUUUGCUGGUGGCAAAAACCCCACCAUUUGUGACUUCCACAUCUACGAGCUGUUGGACCAGCACCGGCUCAUGAGGCCCGAGUCCCUCAAGGGCUACUCCAAUCUCCUCGCUUUCUUGGACAGAUUUGAGGCCUUGCCUCAGAUCAAGGCUUUCCUGCAGUCGGACAAGUGCAUUAAACGACCGGUGAACAACAAAUGCGCAAACUGGAAGUAAAAUGUAAAAUUUUAGCCUUUUAUAUAAAAUGAAUUUGUCACAUUUGUAUGGCUAGCUAUUGUUGCAAUACUGAGUUUGGUAUUUCAAAGGUUAAUGCAGGCGUUUCUUUCAUGUCCUUGAGUGAAACGUCUUACAAAUUGUAUGGGCACGCCAACAGGUGUUUUGUUGACAUUGUCAGACAGUUUUUUCUUUACUGUGAAGACGAGCACACUCUGGUUUGUGUUGGCUGAUAACCCCAGUAUCGCACUCUCCCUGGGUAGAUGAUCUGUUAUUCCAGAGAAAUGCCAGCUUUGUCAAUUUGAUAAUCCAGUAUUGGUUCUUUAUUUCAUUGUUGCCACCUUGUUGUUUUAAUUUAUAAAGUGGAAGCUGAUCGAUCAUG